GUCGAUGGUUUCCGCUGCCGCUCUGCCCUUUCCCGCCUCGCUGGGCGGAGUUGCCCGGAUGUGGAUAGCGGAAGUCCUGUGAGUACCAACAUGGCGGAUGCUGACUACGAGUCGGUGGUUUGCGUCAAGCCGGAAGUGCACGUGUACCGGAUUCCGCCUCGCGCCUCUAACCGGGGCUACAGGGCCGCCGACUGGCAACUCGAUCAACCGGCCUGGACCGGCCGCCUGCGCAUCACCUCCCGGGGCAAAAUGGCCUUCAUCAAACUGGAGGACCGCAUCUCUGGGGAGCUCUUUGCUCAGGCUUCAGUGGAGCAGUUUCCCAGUAUCGCAGUGGAAAGUGUCGUUGACUCCAGCAGAUACUUUGUCAUUUGCAUCGAAGACGGAAACGGCCGUCGAGCAUUCAUUGGCUUGGGCUUUGCUGAUCGAGGAGACGCGUUUGACUUCAACGUUGCGUUACAGGAUCAUUUCAAGUGGGUGAAACAACAGGCGGAAUUGGCCAAACAGGCUCAGAAUCCGGAGCAGGGGCCCAAGCUGGAUCUUGGGUUUAAGGAGGGACAGACCAUCAAGAUUAACAUUGCUAACAUGAAGAAAAAAGAAGGAGCCACGGGCAGCACAAAGCCACGCCCUCUCAGUGGCACUCUCAAUCUGCUCCCGCCUCCCCCUGGGGCUAAAGUGCCAGCUGCUCCGACUGCCAGUCCUGUCCAGCACUGCCUUGCCCAGCCGGCUACCACCUCCAGCACAGCUGCAGAUUUGUUGUUGGAUAUUGGUGCCCCGUCAUCCUGGGCAGGACCCCCGACUUCUUCAGAUGUGUGGGGGGAUUUCACUGAGGCAUCUGGGGCGACUGGUGGGCAGCCAAGCCCGGGUUGGGUGCAGUUCUGAAGAGGACGGGCUGAACCCCCCCCAGUGAUUAUUGUUAAUUGUGACUCCUGAGCUGCAGAGAAGUCACUUCAUCUUCCCUGGGGGAGGGGUUCCUUCUGGACUACAUUACCCAGCAGCACCUCACUGUUUGCUGCACCCGCUCAUUUACACUGUGCUCUUCAUGUCACGGGUGGGACCAAACGUUGGGCCACAGACCCCCCCCCCCCCAGCAGGACAUGAACAUGUGAUGAAUAUUUGCUUCAUUGCACUGUGUGUUUGGAGCCUGCAGGUGGCGCCGCUCUCUAUUCACAUGAACUGGAGCUGCUUCUUAUAUAUAAUUCUUAUUUCUUCCUUUUUCUUUCUUCAGUUGAUCACUAUGUAGAACUAUGCAACUGCUGUAUGGGGGUCCAGAGAGAGAGAGGGGGGAGCACAAGGGCAGCCCAAUCUCUCAUUGCUUUCUACUUACCUACCUUCCUACCUGGUGCUGCUGGGACUGUGGGUCAUUUCUGGGCCAGAAAAAGUCUAUGGGACACUGGCUUUACACUGAUGCCUUUCUCAGGACCCACUGGGCCGGCCCAUUCCUACUGUUAACUGACCAGUAUCCCUGACUGACCAGUAUCUCUGACCAGUAUCCCUGACUGACCAGUAUCUCUGACCAGUAUCCCUGACUGACCAGUAUCUCUGACCAGUAUCCCUGACCGACCAGUAUCCCUGACCGACCAGUAUCUCUGACCAGUAUCCCUGACCAGUAUCCCUGACUGACCAGUAUCUCUGACCAGUAUCCCUGACCGACCAGUAUCCCUGACCGACCAGUAUCCCUGACCGACCAGUAUCUCUGACCAGUAUCCCUGACCAGUAUCCCUGACUGACCAGUAUCCCUGACCGACCAGUAUCUCUGACCAGUAUCCCUGACCAGUAUCCCUGACUGACCAGUAUCCCUGACCGACCAGUAUCCCUGACUGACCAGUAUCCCUGACCAGUAUCACUAGGGACACACUUCCAGCUGACCAUUAGUACCAGUGAUACUGGGCAGAUCCCCCCGGGGCACUGGGAUAAAUGGACCUAUAAGAAUGUAUUGAGAUAUUAUAUCUAUAUUUAAUAUAAAGGGCGUCAGUGGGAAAUGUUAUUAUUCAGCUUUUACCAAAAAAACAGCAUUUCUCCCCUAAAAACCCAGUCCCCCUUUACUGAUUUCAGUUUUUAUCUAAAGAAGUUUUUAUUUGAUAUAAACCAAAAGUGCCUUCAAGUCUUUAAAGGGAAUGUCAUUUAACCCUUUCCCCUACCAGUUUCUGAGCAUUUACUUCCCUUUACUGUCUGUGAUCAUUGGGAAUGUUCCUUCCUCUGUAUAUUAGGGACCACCCUGUUGGUAAGUGAAUGUAACACCCACUGUGUGCAGAGUCGUUAUUGCUGCUUCUGGGCUGUUCUCUUCACCAUGGUCAGCCAGUGAGUGGUGAUUGGUCCCAGCCCUACUGUAUGUCGAUCAGGUGAUUGAUCUUUUGCUGCUAUAGGAGCUCCUCCUACAUAAAACUCCUUUAUAUCACUGCGUGUGACCCAUACAGAUUCAUGCAGUAAUAACCCCUUCAUUACUCUUCUGUCUGACCAUGGGAAAGAGAACAGCCCAGAGAAUCAGAGUGAGCCCUAUAAAUGGGCAAGUACUGGCCCCUCUCAGUUAACCCUUUGAUUGGACAGUGCCACAGCAAUAAACAUUCCAUAGUCUCUUACCAACCCCCCCCCCCCAAUACCGAAGGAAAAUUAAUACCAAAAAAUUUUAGUCAAUGGGGGGAGGAGCUUCACCUUCCCUUAUUGUGGGACCUUCUUCCUAAUGGACUUUACUUGGUUACUGGGCUCUUUCUUCUCUGGAUCUGGGGGUGCAGGGGAGGGGGUUCCUAAUAAUCAGAGGUGGUUCUGCUCUCACUGAAUUUUUUAUAAUUGCUGAUUUUGGAUUUUUAUAUCUGUCUCUUAUUUACUCCCCCCCCCCCCCUUGCUGGCAGCCGCGUGUGCGGAAAUAACCAAUAAAGUCUUUUAUCUGCAA